AUGGCGGGUCCGAAGAGGGCCGCCUUCGCUGAGGAGAGCGCCGAGGUCGAGGUGCUCUAUGCGAACCUGUCCAAGAUGAAGAGCUUGACCAAGAAGAUACAAGCUUCCAUGAGCCGUCUCGAGACCAGCGGAAAGACAGUCGACGAGGCCAUUGGACCCAUCUAUGGAAACACACAGAAACUCCAGACAACCAACGCCAACAUCGAUCGCGUUAUCAUGGCCAUCGACAGAAUCCGCGAGCCCUUGGAUAUGCGCAAUAGAGAAGAGCAGGUUCUACGCUCAAACCCCCAGAGCGUCGGCUUGAACGAAUACAUAGCAUCCAUCGAUCGUACACGCCAGGCUCUGGGUGAUCUGAAGCAGUCCAAUCUCCGCUCCAAUCAGCAGGCCAUCUCUGAGCUUAACGGUCUAUUAAGCGUCGGCAGCCGACAACUCGAAGACGUCUUCCAGAGCACUCUUCGCGAUGGAGUAGCCCCGGUCGAGCCACUUCAUUUUAUCACCAAGAACAUCGACUUCCCUCGUAUCUCCUCCAACAAGACGGCGCACUUGCGAACCAUCAAUGCACAUGCAUCUUCAUCGGCCGCUGAACUUGCCCAAGCCGACUCGAGAGGCACACCCACAGCAAAAGUAUAUGCUGAAGUAAGAGGUCAAUACAUCACUGCGAGUCUACAAAACAUGGCCGCUGCCUGCCUGGCAACUGCUCGAAAGCAGAAUCCAAGUACGGCCACGGUCUACAAGAAAGGUGACAAUGCCAUUGGCAUGUAUGCCGCAGGCAUCAAAGGCAUGGUCAUUGCCGAAUACGACAAUAUCUGCCCCAUAUUCGAUCGUGAGGAGUGGGGUCAAGUAUUGUCGAUGACCUGUCAGGGUGCUCUGAAAGCCUUCGCCAACACCCUGAAAGAUCUCGAUCGACAUAUCAAGGACAACAUAACGAGCGACUGCUUCCUAGCUUAUGAAAUUAUUGAAGUUGUGUCAGAUACGGCUCUCGAGAUUGAUAGCAAAACGGGAGAGCUGAAGGUCGAAUUAGCUGAUGCUCUCAAGCCUAUACGAGAAACUGCAAAGUCAUCACUCUCGGCACUUUUGACAGAUGUGCGGAACCGAGUGCAGCAGAUGAUGCAGCUACCUUCCGAUGGCUCCGCAAUUCCUCUAACCUCGGAGAUGAUGACUCGGUUGCAGGCAAUGACCAGUUUCCUCGUACCAUUGUCGUCCAUCUUGACAUCACUCGGGAAGGGUGGAUGGUCUGCGCCAGGACCAGCAUCAUCAAGCAGCUCUAUACCUACCCUCAAAACUUUCGAUGUUGGCGCUGAUGGUCGUAAGCUGUUUGCAGACUACGCUGCGGACACCAUAAACACUCUUCUCUCCAACUUGGAAGCGCGUUCACAAGCUUUGCAAAAAAGCAAGGGUGUGCAAGGCGUUUUCUUGGCAAACAAUAUUGCCAUUAUAGACCGCAUGAUCCGAAGUUCUGAACUUGGUCCAUUGCUGGAGCCUGCACAGCCCAAGAUCGAGGCCUGGCGUGUCAAGGCGACUAAGCAUUACAUGACUACCUGGAACGAGGUAUCAGCUUAUCUGCUCGAUGUGCAGUACACCAAUCGCGGCCCUCGCCCUCCCAGUACAGGAACUGCAGUCGAUUCAGCAGCAUUUGUCAAGGCUUUAUCAUCAAAGGAGAAGGACGCCAUGAAGGAAAAGUUCCGUGCAUUCAAUGCAUCAUUUGAUGAGAUGGUUGCCAAACACAAGACCUACAAGAUGGAAAAGGAGGUCAAGGUUGCACUCGCAAGGGAUGUCCAGAGACUUAUCGAGCCUCUCUACGGUCGUCAUUGGGACAGGUAUCACGAGAUCGACAAGGGCAAAGGCAAGUAUGUCAAGUACGACAAGACGCAGCUUAAUGCAGUGCUCACGAAUCUGGGGUAA